AUGGAUCCUCAGUUUUUGGAGCUGACGAAAUUGCUUCCCCGUUGGGUGGAUAUAGAAAGGGUUGUUCAAAAUGAAAUUGAGGCUCGUUAUAUACUCAAAAAGGCUAUUGAUUUCACGGAGAAACUAAAUUCCAGCGGAGAUUCCCAAGAAGAGGAGACAAGAUACCUUAUAGAUGCCCUGGUGGACAGGAAUUGGGAACGCAUUCACACAGGACACUUUAGCAAAGUACCUUUGAGUACAAGGAAGAUAUAUGCCAUAGGUUGUUAUUUCAAGAUUUUUUUCCUACUCCUGGAGAGCACAAGUCCUGCCCAAAAGGAGCUAUGCAGUGGGAUCCUGGAUGAGGCCCAACUUUUGGGUUGCACGGAGGAUUGGAGUGUACUGAAAGCGGCCUUAAUGGAUUACCUAGAUAAGGAAGGAUUGGGAAGUUCCGGAACUCUGCCCAUUUUGGAACCACUAAAACGAAUUUCCUGUACCUGUGAUAUACCCCAACUUGAAGCGCCCAGCUUAAAGGAAUUCCAAGCAAAGUGCUUUCAAAAAGGACAACCUACGCUUCUUUUAAACACAAUCAAACAUUGGCCUGCUUUGACUAAAUGGUUGGAUCUCAAUUACCUUCUCCAAGUGGCCGGAAAUCGCACGGUGCCCAUCGAAAUAGGAUCCAACUAUGCCAGCGAAGAGUGGUCCCAGCAGCUUGUGAAGAUUCGCGAUUUCCUGAGCAGGCAAUUUGCAGGAGAUAAAUCCAAUCAGGAGAUUGAGUAUCUCGCCCAGCACGAGCUCUUCUCCCAGAUCCCAGCUCUCAAGAAAGAUAUAUCCAUUCCCGACUACUGUUCCAUAAGCAAUGAGGAACCUCCGGGAACUGUGGACAUCAAAGCGUGGCUGGGACCAGCGGGAACCAUAUCACCCAUGCACUACGAUCCCAAACACAAUCUAUUGUGCCAAGUUUUUGGUUGUAAAAGAAUUAUACUAGCUGCUCCUUCUGAUACAGACAACCUAUAUCCCCACGAAAGCGAAUUUUUAAGCAAUACCUCUCGAAUAGAUGCUGCCCAUUUGGAUCUGGAUACCUAUCCACUGCUGGAAAAAGUCAAGUUCUACGAGUUGCUCCUUCAACCUGGCGACUGUUUGUACAUGCCACCCAAAUGGUGGCACUACGUGAGAUCUGAGGCCCCCAGUUUUUCUAUCAGCUUUUGGUGGGAGUAAUAUUGUGAAAUAAAUGAUAAAAAAUAUAUAAAUCAAAAUAUAUGAUUUGAAAUAAUAUCAUGAUUCGAAAUAUAUUGUUUUAGACUAUGACAGACAGCAGCAAAAAUAAAUUUUAGUCUAAACCGAAAAAAGUAGAGGUUCAAGAACAGUAACAAAGCUUAAUUUGUUUGCAUUAUAUCUUGUCUC